UAUUAGGGCAUCCAAAAGGGGAAGCACCGAACAUGGGAAAGAACUGCGAGUUCUGUACGGAAUGGCAAGAGCAUUGGUACUGGAGCCACAUGGCUGAUGAGAACAAGCACUUCUUCAAGUUUAUGGUCGGGGACUUCACCGAAAGCAUGAGCAUACCCGACGAAUUUGCAAAGAAUUUCAAUGGGCACAUCUCUGAAGAGGUCAAUCUGAAGUUCCCCAGUGGCAAAUCUUGGAGCAUUGAAGUAGCCAGCGAUACUGGCGAUGCAGUCCUCCUCCGGUCUGGAUGGAAAGAGUUCGUCAGUGCUCACAGCAUAGAGCAAGGGGAUUGCCUGCUCUUCAAAAAAUACAGUGGACCGUCCUCCUUUGAUGUCCUGAUGUUGGAUUCCAACGGCUGCGAGAAGACGUCUCCCCACCCUGUCGAGAAUCAUGGCCGCGAAACAGCACAGAAUUCUGCCGGAGUUGGAGGCCACAACCACGCUUUCAGCAAAACUCAAGACCGCGGACCGCCGAUCGACGGUGAAGGUACUGGCUUGCAGAUGACCCUUCACACUUCACAGAGACACUGGCAAGAGCAUUUUCAGAGCAUGUCAACGCGACCUGUGCCACGAUAUAGUGAUGAGCAAGCUCAUUUAGCUAAAGAAGGCUAUGAAGAUCUCGGGCUGGACGAUGAUGGCGAGGCUGCGUCUGCCAAGACCGGGUACUACUUCUGCAAGAACGGGCCGGUGGCCGAGUUCCAUCUGACAGAGGAAGACAAGGAGGAGAUAUUAAUCGUCCGCGUCCCAGUUGAGCCGAGUAAGGUCACGUCCAGUGGGGCGACGCAUUUGGGCGGACGUCCGGUGAGAAUGCGUCGCGCGCGGACGAGAAAUCCCGUCCUUCUCGCCGGCACCAUCCCCGAGCAAGCCGCCCCUGCCGCAGCUGUAGCAGCCCUAGACCCAGCUGCUCCCCCCGCCCUCACUCGACCUAGGAAACCGAAGAAGGAGAUAACCUCGGAGGCCAGGGCCAUCGAGACCCAGAAGAGGGGGCAACGGCGAGUGCGCAAGCUGGCAAGGGAUGUGGAGCAAGCCGCCACCAAAGAGCGGGAGCUUGAGGAGGAAAGAGAGCGGUGCCUCCAGGAAGCUGCCUUGCCCAAGGACGGCAGGCCGAGGCGAUGCAUACCAUUCUCCUCUUUGCCCAGCGAUGGGAAGAAGCGUGAUUGCAGCGUCAUUGACCUCGAGGCCUCCAACCACACCGAGGCAGCAAGCCGGGCCGUCCGGCAAAGGGGGAGAACCAACUCUAAGUUGGACGCCAAGCGUGAGGCCUCCAACCUUGCCUUCGAGGAGACACUCAAGAAGAUGUGGUCCGAGAAGGACGCCGUGAAGGAGAAGAUGCUUCAACUAAAGGACGAGCAAAUGAAGGAAUUCAUCGACGUGCAAAAGAGCAAGCUCGCUAUCAAGGAGGCCAAUGCGGCGGCCACUAUGCUUGCUGAGGAGACAAGGAUCAUGACGGCGGACUUGAGCCUCAUGGACGAAUCGACGCGAGCUUGGUUCUUGGCCAAGAGGAAGAUGAUACAAGAACCGGGAAAAACUCAUGGGUUUGUUUAUUUUUCACAGGGCAUAUCCUCAGAAUUUGCAGGGAAAUACAUGGGAGCGGUCGGCAGGGAGAUCGUUCUCAAGAGAGCAGGCAGGAGAGGGAGGUGGCAUGCGCGCUUCGUGAGCGGAGACUACUGCCAGGGUCUGUCCGGAUGUGGCUGGCGUGACUUCGUCCGCGACACCGGCAUCCUGCCCAAAGACGUCUGCCUCUUCGAGCUGCUGGAGGGUGCGCGGAGGCCUCCGGAUGCAAUGAGCGAACUGAAUCUGGUGUGUCAAAAUACCCUAAAGGUGCCUUCUACCUGGAUGGACAUACAGCUCUGGCCUGGAAGAUCGGAAUAA